AUGUCGGAAACUCCUGAAAAAACUCGGCAUACUUCCGUUCAGAGAGAGUAUCUCGUAAACGACGACAGUAGAUAUCCCGAAAAACUGUGUGCUUGCCGAUCGGAAGCGUGGUGCAAAUGGUUCUUUUUUCCUUCACCACUUGCAACAUACUUCAUCGGAAAACGACUUGCCUUCGGAGCACCGAUCAAGUAUUUGAUCAUGGGCGUCAUUUUGGUCGUCGUCUUCUUCAUUUUUAAAGCUUUGUCCUUAUUCUACACGGAAGACCCGGAUGAAGCUGGGAAGUUAGCCUCCCAAUCAGGCUGGAUGGAUGAUCCAGCCAUCAAAGCUAUCUUGACCUUUGGAGAAGAGGACGUUGACUGGAAAAAAUUGCCCACGAUGGUUUACGUCCUCGCUAUUUUCGGCUUGACUCUCAUCGUCCUUGCCCUAAUUUGGACCGUCGCUCUAUAUACGAUCCGACGCAAGUUUGACCGUCUGCGAGGUCAUGACUCUGCUGACAAAGCAUGCCUGAGCUGUUUGCUCACCGUCUUUCUCCCGCUCUGUUCUCAGGCUCAAAUGGGCGCGAUCCUCGAGGGCAAUCAAAUUGAAAUGUGGCAAGCUGUGAAAACCUCUGAUGAAGAAGCUGUAUAA